UCCAAAAUGGCUUCCAGAGAACUUGUUUUAUCUUAUAUUUCAGAGUUUUUGAAAAACGACUCCGACUUGUCUAAAGUUUACAAAGCUUUGUCUAAAGAAACCUCCAAUAAAAACAUCCACUUAUCUGAUGUUGAAAAUAAGUUGAAGGAUUUCAUUCCUACUGAGUCCGAUAAGGAUGCCAAGAUGCAAGAUAGUGAAUCUGAAUCAGACAGCUCGAGCUCCAGCUCAGAUAAUGAAUCUGAAAAAGAAUCAAGCUCCAGUGAUUCAGAUUCAGACUCAGACUCUUCAGAUUCAGACGACUCCUCCGAUGAAGAAGAUGCUGAACAAAAGGAAGUUGCUGAAGAAAAGGAAGUUGCUAAAGAAGACUCCGAAGAAGACUCCGAAGAAAGCAAAAAAUCAGAUUCUGAAAAAGAAUCAAGCUCUUCAAGUGAUUCAGAUUCUGACAGUGACUCUUCAGAUUCUGACAGUGACUCUUCAGAUUCUGAAAGCUCUUCAGAUUCUGACAGCUCUUCAGAUUCUGACAGCUCUUCAAAUUCUGACAGUGACUCUUCAGACUCUGACAGCUCUGACAGUUCCUCAAGCUCCUCAUCUGACUCUUCCGAUUCAGACAGCGACUCGGAUUCGGACAGCUCCUCAAGCUCCUCUUCUGACUCAUCCGAUUCUUCUGACAGCGACUCCGACUCAGAUUCAGACAGCGACUCUGAUUCAGCACCAAAAAAGAGAACUAUUUCUGAUGAUUCUACUUCUAAUAAAAAACAAAAGCAAGAUAACUCAUCUUCCCAAACUGAAUCCAUGUCUUCCUCACCAGAACCAACUCAAAAGGAAAAGGAACUCAUCGCCGCCAUCCCAGAAGAAGAAUUGAAACCAGGUCAAAGAAAACACUUUUCUAGAAUCGACCGUUCAAAGAUUAGUUUCGAAGAUAGAACUUUACAAGAUAAUACCUAUAAAGGUGCUGCAGGUACUUGGGGUGAAAUGGCCAAUGACAGAUUAACCCAAGUUAGAGGUAAAGAUUUCACUAAAAAUAAGAAUAAAAUGAAAAAGGGUUCUUAUAGAGGUGGUAGUAUCACUUUUGCUUCUGGUUCCUACAAAUUCACUGAUUAAUCUUAUUAGUUCUCCUUCAGUUCUCAGUCAUCAUGUACCAUAGCAAUCUACAACGCAUUUCACUUCUCGAU